AUAACCCGAUCAGCUGAUGUGCAGUGACAACAACAGCAACCAGAGAAACCGAACAAGGAGGGUGUAUACUUUUAAUACAAAAACAAUGGCUCUUGAUCAGUGCUGGCAUUUUUAAAAUCAAAAUUUUUGCUGUCUUGAAACGUGUUUGAUAUUUGUAUUUCUCAGGAAAACGCGCUCCUUAUUUUAAAACGUACAGCAGUUACGGUAUCCCCGAGUCACUCGGUCGCUUCUUUUUCCUGUGUUGUUUUUACAAGGGGUUGUGCCGGGAGACUUGUUUUGCCGUUGUGUAAAAAUAAGUCUUCGGUUUUCCUUUUUUUUGUGUUCAGUUUCUUUGAUACGCACCUGUUUUAAUUGAUGUGCGUUUCUUUCUCAAACUACACGAACGUCAUAAGUAAAAGAAAGGAGUUGUGAAUUAUAAGAAAACACUUCACUUUCCUUUCGUUAAGAAAAUAGAAUAAAAAAAACACAUUAAAAAGAAAUCUAAAUGUCAAAAAAAGGCUGUUUUAUUUAACAAUUUCAGGGGGAAUAUUUGUGUGUCAGACAAUGUUCUAGUUAGAUUAUAAAAUAAAUCGAACACAACAUAGCAGUGCUUGCCUUUGUAAAAUGGUGCUUUCUCAAAAUAAAACCUAGGAAUGAUGCAGUCUGACUGGGUAUGUUGAUUUAUGUUAUUGUUUAGGACUUCUUGACAAAAGUGUUGCUGCACGCUUUUAUCUUAGUUUUGAUAAGUCAACUUAUGUGUGGUUGAAAGUAAAAAAAAAAAAAAAAAAAAACAACAGGACUGGUUUAGUGUUCCUUGCUUGUGGAUAUAUUGAACGGAUACAAGCAAUGCAAUAAGUAUUUGGAGGACUUGUUGUAAACUAGUGACUAAUAAUAAUAACAGGAAUAAUAUUAGUAAAAAACAUCACCGUUGUACCACAAGUGAUUGUCUUAUAGAGCCUUACGUUUUUAAUGUUCUUUGUACACUAUUUUUAAUUUUUUUGUUGUUGUUAAAAGGGAUUAUUUAUGUUUAGUAAUAUUAAUAAUAGAUUAAAACAAAAUAAAAUACAUACUUGACUUGUGAGAACCAAACAAGGGUGACAUAGGAUUCAGACCCUCUGUAGCAGAACAAGUUUGUCUUUUAUUAGUAGUACUGGUACUUUUAAUUUAUAUAUCGAUUAUUUAUAUAGUGUAAGGAUUGAAUUUCAGUGUAGCAAUGAGUGCCCAAGCUCCGUCCUCAGAGAAAGGAGUGAACACUGGCCUGGUGUGCCAGGAGAGCUAUGCCUGUGGUGGCUCAGAAGAAGCCAUGUUCGAGUGUGAUGAGUGUGGGAGCCUGCAGUGCCAGCGAUGUGAACUGGAGCUGCACCGUCAGGACCGGCUCAAGAAUCACGAGCGGGUCCGCAUCGGGCCAGGACACGUCCCCUACUGCGACACCUGCAAGGGGGCCAGUGGCAGUCCGGGGUUUGGGCACCGACAGAGAGCAACCUUCAGGUGCCAGGGAUGCAAGACCAAUCUGUGCGCCGACUGCCAGAAGCGCACCCACAGCGGGGUGAACAAGAGGAAGCACCCCAUCAGCGCCUACCCCCCCAGCAAGGCCACGGAGGAGGCAGCAGCCGUAAAUGAGGGAGAGGCCCAGAAGAGACGGCUCCUCGAGAGGGUCCGCUGCUUCCUCCUGGUGGAUGAGAACGAGGAGAUCCAGGUCAGAGACGAGGAAGAAUUUGCCAAGAAGCUGGACUGCAACCAGGACGAGCAUCUCAAAGUGGUGUCAAUUUUCGGGAAUACGGGUGAGGGCAAGUCCCACACGCUGAACCACACCUUCUUCAUGGGCAGAGAGGUGUUCCAGACCUCUCCCGCCCAGGAGUCCUGCACUGUGGGGGUGUGGGCAGCUCUGGACCCCCUGCACAGAGUGGUGGUGAUGGACACGGAGGGGCUGCUGGGCACCAGCUCAAACCUGGGCCAGCGCACCCGGCUGCUGCUCAAGGUCCUGGCGGUGUCGGACUUGGUGAUCUACCGCACGCACGCUGACCGGCUGCACGAUGACCUCUUCAAGUUUCUGGGCGAUGCCUCGGACGCCUACCUGAAGUACUUCACCAAGGAGCUGAAGGCCACCACUGCCCGCUUUGGCCUGGAUGUACCUCUGUCCUCUCUGGGGCCGGCGGUCAUCAUCUUCCAUGAGACAGUGCACACCACACUGCUGGGCUCAGACAAGCCGUCAGACUCCCCGGAGAGGCUGCUGCAGGAGCGCUUCAGGAAGCUGGGAUGCUUUCCAGAGGCCUUCAGCUCUGUCCAGUACCGAGGCACGCGCACCUACAACCCCCCCACCGACUUCUCAGGACUGCUGUGGACUGUGGAACAACAGCUGAGCAACAACACCAUGCGUUCCCCCCGCCCCUCUCGUGUCAUCUACAAGGCCCUGCAGGCUUUAAGUGAGCGCUUCAGUGGGGAGAUCCUGGACGAACACAUGGCUCACAGCUCCUUCUUCCCUGAUGAAUACUUCACCUGCAACUCCCUCUGCCUCAGCUGUGGGGCUGGCUGCAAGAACAGUAUGAAUCAUGUGAGGGAGGGGGUGUACCACGAAGCCAAGCAGCGCUGCCGCUACUCCCCGCAGUAUGACAACAGAAUCUACACCUGCAAGGCCUGCUACGAGGCUGGGAAGGAGGUGAUUGUGGUUCCCAAAACCUCUGCGUCCUGCGACUCACCCUGGUUGGGUCUGGCUAUAUAUGCGUGGUCUGGGUAUGUGAUUGAGUGUCCGAACUGUGGGGUGAUCUACCGGAGCCGGCAGUACUGGUUUGGGAACCAGGAUCCUGUGGACACUGUGGUGCGCACUGAGAUCGAGCACAUCUGGCCUGGGUCUGACGGCUUUCUGAAGGAUAACAACAACGCGGCUCAGAGACUGCUGGACGGAGUGAACUUCAUGGUCCAAUCCGUCUCCGAGCUUAGUGUCAAGCCGGCCAAGGUGGUGACCUCCUGGCUGACCGAUCAGAUCGCUCCUGCCUACUGGAGACCCAACUCCGAGAUCCUGAAGUGCCACAAGUGCGGCUGCCCGUUCCAGGAUAACGACACCAAGCACCACUGCCGGGCCUGUGGGGAGGGCUUCUGUGACAACUGCUCCUCCAAGUCCAGGCCAGUGCCUGAGCGGGGAUGGGGGCUGGGCCCUGUGCGAGUCUGUGACAUGUGCUUCGAGCAGAGAGGGGCACGCCCAGAUUUACAGGAGGCUGAGUUGGAGGAGGAAGGAGGGACUCUGAUCGCCAGGAAGGUUGGAGAGGCUGUACAGAAUACGCUGGGAGCUGUAGUGACAGUCAUGGACAUCCCCUUAGGUUUGGUGAAGGACGCGGCCCGACCGGUCUACUGGGUCCCUGACCACGAGAUCACACAGUGCCAUCACUGCUGCCAGCCGUUCAGCCCCAAGCUGUCUAAGCACCACUGCCGGGCCUGCGGACAGGGCUUCUGUGCCGAUUGCUCCCAGAAGCGCCGUACCGUGCCCUCGCGAGGCUGGGACCACCCCGUCAGAGUCUGCCUGAACUGCUACCAGAAACCUGGGGACCUCUAGCAGGAUGGCCAGGGUCCUUCCCGACCCACCCCCAUCCCAGGAGAGCGUGCUGGAAUACACAAUGUAAAUCCCUUUUAGAUGGCAAGCGCCAAGAAAUCAGGUUAGACGCCAUGAAUUGCAACAUUGAAGGACAAAACUAUUGCAAUGCAUAGUGUACAGUGCUGUUGGGAGAAAGUGAUUACAUGGGCAUAGCUAACGUGAUGGUGUGCUAUUAGAGGGGGGUUUCUGGUAUGCAGGGUUGUGGUCAGGUCUCUUCACUGCAAAUGAGGAGUACAGCUGGGUGGUUGAGUUACUGCACAGUAAGUAAAAUAAAACUGUUAGUCUUACAAAACUAUUAAAAGACACUUUAGAAGGUUUUAUUAAGGACUUACAUGUGUGCCGAAGUGGUCUGUUACUAGAAACAUUAACAGUGUUAUUUUUCUUUACAGUACAAUGUGAUUUGCACAGUUGUUUUUUUGACAAUGUGGACAGAUGUUCUCUGCAUUGAACCAACUGCCACUCUGGCCAAUUGAGUACAGCUCCCAAAAGAUAAAAAUCCUUGUAAUGUGUCCUAUAGGAUGGUAACAAUCAUUUUCCUAAGCCUCUGUGACUGGAAGUUAUGGGAAUAUGCAGCACAUCAUGUGGAAACUCCCUGCCAUGCACCAGUGCGCUCUUUCUCUCUGGAACCGAUACCUUAUUUUUAACACUGUAUAGCCACUCUGUAUAUUAUUAGGGUUCCUGGGUUUCAGUUUUUUUCUUUUCAGCAUUUAUGGUCUUUUUUUACUUGCAGCUUUUAAAUCUAAUGUGUGGACAAAAACAAUCUCCAAUAGAGUGGAAUUAGUGUAGUCAAAGAAGAGAAUUACAAAGUUUUAAGAAAGAAAAAGUAAUUGCAGUGAACCAAAAGCAACCCCCAGAUUGUUUACUCAUCAGAUAUUUUAUUAAAUGUAGCAUUUAAUAUGAGAAGUUCCACUGUUACUGUCAUUGGCUGGUUACAAUUCCUAAGUGGCACUGGCCUUUUUGACUGGUAAUGAGUGAUCAAGUCAUUUUAUUUGACCUGCAGGAUGUUCAAAUUAAGUAUUUAAAAAAGAAAAAGUAUAUUAAAAAUGCAAAUAAAAUAUAUAGGACUUA